UGCCUUGGCUUCGCCCUCGGUCGAGCAGCCUGUCUGGCGGGGAUUCUCCCGGACUGGGGCGGCGCCAAUCAGGUGGCUCGGUACCUGCCCCCGCCCGGGCCACCUGGCGGGGCCAUGAGGCUCUCGGCUCGGUGCGGGGCCAGUGCUCGGAGCGCCGGGGGACGCCGAGGAGCCUCGCGCGGGCAGCCCCGGGCCGGGGCGCUCGGAAGGACGCGGGAGUAGCCGCCGGCGCGGAGCUGCUCGGCCGCGGUAACGGGAAUUGAUGCCCUUGGCCAUGACGCACCCCCAACCUCUGUCUGCUCAGGCACAGCCUGCGUGACCGAGCCUUCGCUAUCUCACCCCCUGGUCUGUGUGUCUUACGCCAUAUCAUAAGGUCACCGUUCCCUUUCCUGAACAGUUUGAUGGGGCAUCGGGCGGAUGACAGCGGGAACAGUUGUCAUCACUGGCGGAAUCCUAGCUACGGUCAUCCUCCUCUGCAUCAUCGCGGUCCUGUGCUACUGUAGGCUCCAGUAUUACUGCUGCAAGAAGAGCAGAGCCGAAGAUGCAGACGAGGAGGAGGAGGAGCACGACCUGCCCGCACACCCCACCUGUAAUGCCUGCAGCUCCCGAGCCCCGGACGGCCGCGUUGGCCUGGCGCCUCUCACCAGCGAGCCCUGCGGCCAGCCGUGCGGGGUGGCGGCCGCCCACUGCACCACCUGCUCCCCGUACAGCUCCCCCUUUUACAUACGGACGGCUGACAUGGUACCCAACGGGGGUGGAGGCGAGAGGCUCCCCUUCGCUCCUGCCUACUACAAGGAAGGGGGACCGCCACCCUUCAAGUUGGCAGCGCCCCAGAGUUACCCGGUGACGUGGCCGGGCUCUGGGCGCGAGGCCUUCACCAAUCCAAGGGCUAUUAGUACAGACGUGUGACCCCCUCCCCGGCCCCUCCACAGACCGACAGGAGCAGUGCGGGCAGCAGGUGACCCGUCCAACAGCCCACGAGGACUGCCAGGAUUUGGGGUUUUGCGUUUGUUUGUUUGUUUUGGCUUUUCUUGCCCCACAGGGGAAUUCAAGCUGCCGAGUGCGAGUGCGUGGAGAACCAGAGCAGGGCCCGGCCCCGUGGCCCGAGUGCCGGGGCGCUGGCAGGAUGCCCGGGCAGCGGCACCUGUUUCUGGGCUGGGACGUUCGUUCCUCCGCAGGCUCCAGCCCCGCCACCGCAAGUCCUCUUGGUUCCCUUGCCCCCCACCCCAGCGCCCCAGCGUCGCCGGCCUGUGAGAGGAGGGACAUCAGGGAAAGCUAAGCAAAGGCGCUGGAGGCCCCCAGACUCCGUGGGGGAUGGAAGAAGGAUAGAGACCUAGGGCGAGGGGAGAGGUGAGAAGCAAGGCACUGCAGAGCCUGAGAAGGGAGAGGAAGGUGUCAAGGGGACCUCUUCGGGACCUGCUUGCUAGAACGAAUCCCAGUUCACAAUCCAGCUUGGUAUUUGGUUAUCAUGGGGACAGCAGUCCCUGUAGCUGCUCCCAUGGGGAUGUUGAUUCUGGAACACACUACAUUCCCCUUCCUCGUGGGACACAGUGAGUGGACUUGGGAGGCAGUGACAUAAGGUUAUUUGUGGGGAAUGCACUGAAAAGUGAUGCCCAGCCUUGUCUCCCCCUGCCCCCCCGCCCCAAAUCCUCUUUCUCUGCUUCUGGGACCAGCUGCCUCUGCUAGAGAACCUGGUUCAAGUUAUGUUACUGAGUUUGAGCAGCUCAGCAAACAAGAUCUUCUUGCUGAUGGUCUCUGGGGCCCCGGUCUGCCACCCUGAGCGGCGCGUGUGGGAGCAGUGCUGUGAGGGGGUGUGUGUUCUCAGGGGUGCACACACCUGUCACCACCCACACGCAUCACACACCAGGGGCUUUGCCAGCUUUGGGAGCUGCAGAGUGGAAGAGUCUCUGAUGUAUCAACUAGAAAGGAAAACCCGACCUUCAGACAGCAUGAGUGAAAGGUGAUUAAGGUGGCUCAUCCCAUGGCAACCAGCCGGCUGGUACGGGAAAGCCUGCAGAGUCUCCCAGGGGUCGAUGCUAUAGCACUGAAGCCAUGUACGCCCCUUUAGAGGCCCAGCGUCCCACUCGGGCAGCCAGCCAUGUCCUCACAGAGCUGGACAACUUCAUUCCACCAGGGUCAGCAGCCCCCACUCCUGGAUUCCAUGCUUGCUGCCCUCCCUCCGCUGCACCCCCCAAAACCCCAGGCUCCAGCGAGGGCCUGUUAAUUGCCCGAGCCCAGCCCUCACUUCCCACUUAGAACUCCGCUGUGGCCUGAUGCCAUUUGAGGGAAUGCACCUGAUGAAUUUUCCAGUUGCUUCUACAGUAAGGGGUGGCUGCUCCCCUUUCUGACGGCAUGCCCAACCCCCACCACUUCUGGGUCACAGCCUCUGCAGAUGGCGGGCAGGGAAAGAGCUAGCCCCUGCGCUGAAAUCAUGACUUCGCGUUGGAGAAGGGCCAGGUGCAGCCGGCAGAGAGGGGAGGAGGGAGAGAAUUCACCACACCUUGUUUCAUUGGGCACUUGUCACCUUGCAUCUCAUCUGUGAUCAGGGCACACCGGGUUAAGAAUCAGAGGACCUGGGCUCUGGUCACACUGAGGUCACUCAUUAGCUCUAGGACUGGUCAUUUAACUUCUCUGAGACCCCAUUUUCUCCAGGCAAAUGAGACCUGCCACCUGCCCAGACAGACCCUAGGAGACCAUUAGUGCUCCACACAGCCAGGACUUCCUGAAAAUAUUUGCCAGCCGUGCUCCUUUCCCUUGCCCCGAUCCUGGCAGGGGCUAGAUGCACUUGCCAAUUGCCUGAUCCAGCGUGCAGGAAUGUGUGUUGAGGGCUGAAUGACCACCGUGAAAUACAGGGUUAGCAGGCAAAAUGAUUUUUAUUGUCAGUGAAAAGCAAACACUGGUUCUCCUCCUGGGUGAUCUCAAAUGGUAGCAUUUCCUCGUACCAGGAGGCAGCUCCAGGCAGGGGGUAAUGAGAUCUGUCUCCUGAUCCAGGGAGACCAGUUUAGGACAGCAACUUUAACAUCCCCCAUCCCAUCAUCAGUCCUUAUUGGGCCAAGCGCACCCCCUAGACAUGAGCUGCUGGGUCUGGCAGCCACGGUGGCCUCCUGAUGAACAGCCCCAGUGCCUUGCUGCCCGGGAAUUCCACAGCAAAGGCUGUUGUUCCUCACCAAGACAUAAUGUCCUUGUUCCUCCUGCCUUUGCAGAAAUCAAGACGGCCCAGUCAACUAUCACCUGCUUCUUUCUUGCUCUGAUCUAUUGGGGUCCCUUAGCGAAAGGCAUCUUAGUCCCCUCUCCUCCUGUAGCUUUCCUAGCCUAGAUCUUGUCAAUCUACACAUCGAGAUCUGGGUUUGGGGCACUGGAGAGAUGAUGGGCCAUGGCUCUCCCCUACACACCCCCAUGGUGUGUAGGGCACAGUCUCCAGAUUGCCUGUCCGCCUCCCUGUCGCUGUGAGGGCCUUACCUACGGAAGAGGGAGCUCACCCAUUCAACUGCGCUGCACUUUUUAGCUGUGGAGUCUGUACUGUGGGACACCCUGGACACUUUUCAAAUUGCACCCUCACAGGAGGAAGAGGAGAGGCUGGGAACACCCUGUCCUCCGCCAAUUCGUCUCCACCUCCACUUCACUGCUCCUGCUAACCGAUGUCCUGUCCUGCAUCUUUGAUAACUGGGAGUCACAACCAAGUGAAUGUCAAAAUAAAUGAGGAAUUUGAAAUAGAAA